AUGGAUCCCGAUUAUAGAGAUGAACAUGAUGACUUUGGCGAUGAUGAUAACGAUAAGAAUGACGAUGAUGGUGAUGAUGGUGAUGAUUAUGAUGAUGAUAAUGAUGAUUCGGAUGAUGAUGAUGAUGCUGAUGUUGAUGAUGAUGAUGAUGAUGAUGAUGAUGAUGAUGAUGAUGAUGAUGAUGAUGAUGAUGAUGAUAAUGAUGGUGGUGGUGGUGGUGGUGAUGAUGAUUAUGAUUAUUCGGAUGUUGAAUACGAUGAUGAUUUUUUUGAUGAUGAUGAAGAUGGUGUAGAUGUUUUGUUGAUGAUUAUGAUGUUGAUUGUGAAUAUGAUGGUGGUCAGUAGUUUGGUAAUGUUUGUGUUCAUGAUGGAUCAGGUGAUGACGUUCUUGUUGAUGAAUUAUUACAAUUAUGAUUAUGAUCAUGUCAGUAACUUUGAUGAUGACGAGGACUAUGAUGGUAGUUCAAAAGUUGAUAACGAUAACAAAAAUGAUGGUUUGCGUGAUGAUUGUGAUGAUUUUAGUGAUUCAUGUGUUGAUAAUAUUGAAGACCUUGAUGGUAACUUGCAUUUUGAUGAUGCUGAUCUUUCGGAUGACGGUCAUGAUGAUGUUACUGGGGAAUGUGGUGAAGAUACUUUUGAUGAUGUUCAUGAUGAUGGUGAAGACGAUGUUGAUUAUAAUUAUUAUUCCGACAAGGUUAAAGGUAAUUCGGGUGAUGUUGAUGAUAAUGAUGAUGACGAUGGUCAUGAUUAUGAGGACCACAAUGACAACGAUCAGAUGGCCGUAAAUUUUGAUGGUAGUGAUGAAUUAGAAGUCGGCUGUGAUAAUCGUGUUGACGAUGAUUUGAACGAUGAUGAUGAUGAUGAUGAUGACGCUGAUACUGAUAACAAUUAUGGGUGUUGA